GGAUCCAGGAGGAACAGCAGUCCCAUACAGAUGAUUUAAAGUGCGCCCCUUCAACAACCAGGUGUACUGCAUUCUGGGAUGCGGUUGGAGGUACAGCUGACAGGCUCCCAGAGGCAGGGCCAUAAAAUGCCCCAGCACACUCAACUGCCCCUCCCCUCUACAACAGCCAACAGCCCAGAACAGCAUGAAGACAGAACAUCUAAAAGAUCAUCUGGGAAUCUUUCCUCAUGGAGAUUUUUGAAGUUUCACUUUGAGUCAAGUUCUGGAUAUGUUGGAUCUAGGUGACUGCCCAGACAAGGCAUGCAACAUUGCAGUUAUCCCUCAAAAUGAGAAGAAUGCUGUCCUCUGUGAUUGUGAUAGCGAUGGGUCAGAUAUGGACUAUGAGGGGAGACAGGCCAUUUGCCUGCCAGGAUUUUGAAUGCAUAUGCUGAACCUAUGCAAACAGAUCAUGACAGGAACAACGUUAUCAGUGAUGAUGUCCCACCCAUCAGCACCACCUCCUCUCCCAUCCACCACCCUCCCUCCCCCACCACCUCCACUGUUGAUAAUGAAGAGCCAACGGCCACUACCCGCCAGAGGGUCCAGUCCGAAGAGCUAAGGGCAAAGCUGCAUGUGGUCAAAAAUAAAGAUUGAGUGUUCAAAUGAUCGAAGAGGCCUGCCACCGCUGUGAUUCCAAAACACAUAGUAUACAGCCCCAAUGCUGUGAUUCCAGAACACAUAGUAUACAGCCCCAAUGCUGUGAUUCCAGAACACAUAGUAUACAGCCCAAAUGCUGUGAUUCCAGAACACAUAGUAUACAGCCCCAAUGCUGUGAUUCCAGAACACAUAGUAUACAGCCCAAAUGCUGUGAUUCCAAAACACAUAGUAUACAGCCCCAAUGCUGUGAUUCCAGAACACAUAGUAUACAGCCCAGAUGCUGUGAUUCCAGAACACAUAGUAUACAGCCCAAAUGCUGUGAUUCCAGAACACAUAGUAUACAGCCCCAAUGCUGUGAUUCCAGAACACAUAGUAUACAGCCCCAAUGCUGUGAUUCCAGAACACAUAGUAUACAGCCCAAAUGCUGUGAUUCCAGAACACAUAGUAUACAGCCCAAAUGCUGUGAUUCCAGAACACAUAGUAUACAGCCCCAAUGCUGUGAUUCCAGAACACAUAGUAUACAGCCCCAAUGCUGUGAUUCCAGAACACAUAGUAUACAGCCCCAAUGCUGUGAUUCCAGAACACAUAGUAUACAGCCCAAAUGCUGUGAUUCCAGAACACAUAGUAUACAGCCCCAAUGCUGUGAUUCCAGAACACAUAGUAUACAGCCCAGAUGCUGUGAUUCCAGAACACAUAGUAUACAGCCCAAAUGCUGUGAUUCCAGAACACAUAGUAUACAGCCCCAAUGCUGUGAUUCCAGAACACAUAGUAUACAGCCCAGAUGCUGUGAUUCCAGAACACAUAGUAUACAGCCCAAAUGCUGUGAUUCCAGAACACAUAGUAUACAGCCCCAAUGCUGUGAUUCCAGAACACAUAGUAUACAGCCCCAAUGCUGUGAUUCCAGAACACAUAGUAUACAGCCCAGAUGCUGUGAUUCCAGAACACAUAGUAUACAGCCCCAAUGCUGUGAUUCCAGAACACAUAGUAUACAGCCCAAAUGCUGUGAUUCCAGAACACAUAGUAUACAGCCCCAAUGCUGUGAUUCCAGAACACAUAGUAUACAGCCCAAAUGCUGUGAUUCCAGAACACAUAGUAUACAGCCCCAAUGCUGUGAUUCCAGAACACAUAGUAUACAGCCCCAAUGCUGUGAUUCCAGAACACAUAGUAUACAGCCCAGAUGCUGUGAUUCCAGAACACAUAGUAUACAGCCCAAAUGCUGUGAUUCCAGAACACAUAGUAUACAGCCCAAAUGCUGUGAUUCCAGAACACAUAGUAUACAGCCCAAAUGCUGUGAUUCCAGAACACAUAGUAUACAGCCCAAAUGCUGUGAUUCCAGAACACAUAGUAUACAGCCCCAAUGCUGUGAUUCCAGAACACAUAGUAUACAGCCCCAAUGCUGUGAUUCCAGAACACAUAGUAUACAGCCCAAAUGCUGUGAUUCCAGAACACAUAGUAUACAGCCCAGAUGCUGUGAUUCCAGAACACAUAGUAUACAGCCCCAAUGCUGUGAUUCCAGAACACAUAGUAUACAGCCCCAAUGCUGUGAUUCCAGAACACAUAGUAUACAGCCCCAAUGCUGUGAUUCCAGAACACAUAGUAUACAGCCCCAAUGCUGUGAUUCCAGAACACAUAGUAUACAGCCCCAAUGCUGUGAUUCCAGAACACAUAGUAUACAGCCCCAAUGCUGUGAUUCCAGAACACAUAGUAUACAGCCCAGAUGCUGCAGAAUGUGUAAAACAAAGCUGCCCCAACCCAAUGGAUGUUUUCCUAUUAAUGUAUCCAUCCACCCUAACUUUGCAACUCUAAAACUACUUCCAGCCUGGACAAUAAAAACACAAUAAUGCUGUGGAAAAGUAACAGCAGCAGAAUGUUUUUUUUUAAACA